GGUCCUGACGAGAGGAAGUCGGAGCUGCUGCCCGCCGGCUGGGAGGCCAACAAGGAGGUGUAUACGCUGCGCUACAAGUCCGUGGACGAUGCCCGCGAGCUGCUGCUGAAGGCCAUCAUGGUGGAAGACAGCAUGAUCCUCAACGUCAUGGAUCGCAGUUCUCAGAAGGUGGCAGACGUGACCUUGACAGUGGCCAAUUACAUCAACCCAGAGCACCUGGAUGAUUUCCACAAGCUGUACAAGAACACUGAGGAGCUGAGGACAAGGAUUGCUUCGGGUAUCAUUGCUCCCCUCGGGGCCCCUGCAGAAAAGGCCAAAAAGGAGCCUGAGAAGAAGGAUUCUGACUUGCAUUAUGACCCCCUCAGGGUCCCUCCCCGGCAGCCAGCAGGCACGAGAGCACCAUCCUGGCCUUCCCCCUCAAGCCCCUUUGCUGUCGGUGGGGCAGACCUGGACCCUUUUGGAGGUCGGAGCGGGGGAAUGAUCGUGGAUCCUCUCCGGUCUGGCGUCCCGCAGCCCGGCAUUGACCCCUCGUCGGGCAUCCCAGGCCGGCUUCCCCCAGGAGCGGUUCCGCCAGGCGCCAGAUUCGACCCCUUUGGCCCGUUGGGGGCUGGAAGAUCCGGGCCAGAUCCCGACCACCUUCCCCCUCCAGGCUACGACGACAUGUUCAUGUGAGGAGUCGCCGGCUGCGGCCGGAGCGCUUCUCCCUCUUCGGUGGACUUUGAUCUUUUCAGCAGCGUUUUUCUCCUCCCCGUUUGAGGCCGUGUUCCCCGUGUGCCAGACCAGCGACGGCGGUUUCCCAGCGUGCAGAACAAGAGGCAGUAGGUUGUUUCUUCCCGUGCUCCUCUGAGGGCGCCCGGCCGAGCAGGUCCUGCCCCGCGCGGGGUGUAGUGCGGCGCUGCGAGAAGGGGCCGGGUGCUGUGGGGUUUCCUCCUCAGCUUCUCCCCGGGUGGCCCCGCUUUCACUGCAGGGGUUACGCGAGCAGCCGGCGCUGAGGAGGGAGCUGGCUUCUUGCCUCUCCGGGCACGGCGGAGCGGAGCCCGGCACCGAGCUGCGGCCUUUCUGGGGGUGCGUGCGGGGGGCUCGCUCGGCUGUGGGUUUGCUUUGCAGGAGGGGUUGACAGGAACACAUUUCCUCUGCCAAAGGGAGGAUGGGUGAAUUCUGCGUGGCUCAGGCUCCUGAGCUUUCUGGAAACCCCCUCCCUUCCCCGCAGCUCCCCCCUACCCUCCCAAUCGUUUAAUUUUGGGGCUGCAGCUUGUCUGUCCAGUCAAGGAUUCACGCUAUUUCUUUCUUUCUCGUGGUUUGAUUUCUUGGAAGGAUGUUCAUGAGAUUGAAAUAAAAACCUGCCAGCA